UUUCAAGCCAUAUUUUUUUAUUGAGUUUUCUAAUCCAUUCUCGCUUCAUAUUAGUUUAUGUAAUGCAUAUGGGUGAUGAUAUCCCAUCAUAUCGUCAACAUGUUUUUAGGUAGCGUAGAAAAAUUAACGCGCGGAUGAUAAGCGAGCCCAUGUUGCGCAUACCCGUGACGGACGUCACCGACAAAAUAUAAGGCUCAAAACGAAUCCGGAAAAUCGCAAGCUUGAUGAAAUAAACAUAAAUCCUGCGUACUUGUCAAAACUGGAACGAAUCAAACCUUAGAGAUGGUCAACUAAGACGUCCAAAUCAUAUUUCAUUGGCUUACUUUUUUGCUUCAAAGUGUGGCUUCCCAGCAUAUGUGUAUUUUCACGAGGGGAAAGUCUUGAGGUUUCCUUGGAAGAAAUAAAGUCCCAGGUGACGAACUGGCGAUUUACCAGCUGGGACAAUCGAUUAUUCAUCCUCUUUUAGACAAUAGGACUACUUGCCUGUCUGCCCUUGCUUCUGAAAUAAAUAAAUAAUGAGAUUGGCAGGGCCAAUGCGAGCUGUGGCUGUGCUGCUAUUGCUGGGCCUCACAUGGGUGUUAGCCAGCUCCAUACUCGGAGGGGACAGCAGCUCAUUGGUCAAACACUUCUUCAGUGGGACAAACGAGGAGCCAACAGCUGAGACCAAACCACGCAGGUACAAGUGUGGUCUGUCGGCUCCAUGUCCUCAGAAACAUCUGGCCUUCCGUCUUGUCUCUGGAGCUGCCAACGUCAUUGGGCCCAAAAUCUGCCUGGAGGAUAAGACCCUUGUGAGCAGUGUCAAGAACAAUGUUGGCAGAGGACUAAACAUUGCUUUAGUAAAUGGGGUAUCGGGAGAGCUCUUAGACACUAAAUCUUUUGAUAUGUGGGCAGGAGAUGUAACUGACCUGUUGAAGUAUCUACGGCCCCUACAUGAGGGAACACUUGUGUUUGUAGCUUCCUUUGAUGAUCCUGCCACAAAGUUGAAUGACGAGGCACGUCGUCUGUUUGAGGAGCUGGGUAGCACAGUAGUGAAGGAGCUCACCUUCAGAGACAGCUGGGUGUUUGUAGGAGCCAAGGGAAUCGAGAACAAGAGUCCUUUCGAACAGCGUAUGAAGAACAGUAAGAGCAGUAACAAGUAUGAAGGCUGGCCGGAGUCUCUCGAAAUGGACGGCUGUAUCCCCCUCCGUGCCCCCUUAGAGAAUUAAACACUCUCUGCAGGUACAUGUAUCCCUUCCUCCACUCUCUCCUAAUGGGUUCACACUCAUCAUCAUGGAUUUAACGAUGGUGGGACCCCUCCAGCCAAUGCUUAGGCCCGAUACCGAUCCAAUGCUUUUAAUAACGGGGAGUAUGCAAGACAAGUGCACCUUUUGGGAGACGGGUGGAGUGUUGGAAUGCAGACCGUUUCUAAGGACUAGCACUUUUUGAGACCCACUGUUUCUCUGGCUCUAAGGUUAGCAGCACAUAUCUAUUUGAGAAACUGUUGCAGCAGAAGCAUGGACUAUGAUCGUUUGACUUCCUCGAUUUCCAGGCUUCGUCGCGUUCAUUCUGAUUAGUGAGACUUGGGAUGGACUGGGACCAGAAUUAUUAUUAUUAUUUUUUUCAUUGAGGCCCCUGUUAUUAGCCAAACAAUGAUCAUUUUGUGCAAAAACAACCAUUUAAAACAGGCCGACUGGUCUUAAGAUGGACCAGCCCAUCUGGCAUUUGUCAGAACUGCCCUAUGGCCAGUCUGUCCCUAAUGAGACUCAGGAGUAUGGUAUUGGUAAUGUAAGACAACAGUUGAGUUGGACAAAAAAAUGCUCUGUUACAAAAUCAUGGAACGACAGGCUCCUACAAUACUUUUUCUGUUUUUGGUCAAGUAACACAUGCUGCAAAGGACAUCCCUUGAUUGAUUGGAAUCUUGCUGUGACAAUGCUGGAGCUCAAUAGGCUAGCUUGACUGAUGGUUGAAGCAACCGUUUGCACUUCACAUCUGAACUUGGCAUUUAUUUAAUCAUUUGAGGCCUAAUAACUUUGCUGAAAUAACAGGUGACCACAAAUAGAGGAAAUGGAUAUUUCAGAGACCAAAUGUUUGAUGACCAAAUGCAUAGAAGUGGAAAAAGGUCCAAAAAAAGACAUGUAAAUGCUUGAUAGAAAUGAAUAACUGAAACAAGUAAUGUCUGUUUAAAAAAAGAAGAGGCCUGAGAACACUGCCUAUCUGAAUGGACAUUGACCAGAAUACAAUUGAGGUAUAAUAGAUAGUAAGUCGUUUAUGAGCAAUAUGUUAUUGCUGGCUGUUCUAAGAUCUGUUUUGUGCUAAAUUAAGAUUAAAAUGCAUUCAUAUUUUGUACCCUAGGUUUAAUAUAGAAAAUUAAUGAUUUCAACUAAAAGUUGUGGCUGUCUGCUAUAGUGCCAACUCCUUGUCAUUCAUUGUCAUGUCAAACAUUUGGCUUGACAAUGGGCAAGUGCAAUUGAGUUGCAAGGGGCACAAACACAUCUGGGACCAGGCUAAAGGCUAUUCUGGGACCAGGCUAUUACCACCUUUUAUAGAUAACUUGCUGUGCAGCAAUCAUUGUUUGUUUAGCAAAUGUAUACAGUGUCUUUGAGUAAUCUUGUGUAUUUGACGUGGAAUUAGAACUAGCCUAGUCUAGAAUCCUAAAGAAACUUGUUUUUACACCUCGUAGGCUAUAUUCAUGAAUUGUACACUAGAGUGACGACAUUAGUGCCUAAGAUAAAUAUUAUCUUUUGAAAUUGUACUGUUAGGUAACAACACUUUCCACGUGUCUCAGGCCUUGUCUUUAUUUUGUUAUUUGUGUAACUUUAUUUGCAUUUUCAAAGACAAUCUCUUUCCCUGUAAAAAGUUUGAUAUUUAUCUCAGUUUCCUCCUCUUUGAAUUUGAUAGUAAAAUAUACAUGAUUUGUUGCAUUUAGAAUACACUGAAAACAAGCGAAGCAUAAUGUUUUAGGUUUUGGUCCAGAAAUAGACAAAGUGCUAUGAAACCAAGUGUACUGUAGAAUUCUUAAUAUUCAUUUUUGUGACAAACUAUUUUGUAAGUUAUUAAAAGAUCUCAAUAUUCUCUGUGUACUGUGCGGUUUAGCCUGAGUGCCAGUCUGUGCUAUCAUGCCAAAUCCUUGUCAAUGAUUGUCAUGGCUUGGCAAUGGAGUUGGCAAGAGCACAUACAGAUCUGGGACCAGGUUAGCUGUGGGUCAGUAAAUUAAAAUACUACCUAGAGUGUA